AACUUAAUGAGAACGUUUCGUCGGACCCAGGAGAUGCGUGCCUUUGUGCGGCAGCAAUAUGACAUUCGUUUAACAAGGAGGGAUUUGUAUGUCAUACGGCGGCGUCAUCGUAAUGCCUGUGUCACUGAGGUGGAGGAGGUGACUCAGCUGUUGCAAAGAAAUGGUCAGGUGAAAAUUAUGCAUGAGGGGAAUCAGAUUCGUUACCUGUUUUUCGUACCUUCGCGCAUGCUUGAUUUGGUGGGCCAAUACGGCGAGGUAAUUUUGGCGGACUCCACGUAUCAGAUCAAUUACGGAGGCUACAUCCUGUGGCAUUGCAUGUUUGUGGAUGUUAGCGGCCUCGGUAUGAGUUUCUUUUAUGCCCUGUUGCCUAAUGAGACGGAGGUUGCUUACGAGGAGGCAGUGAGAGGUAUGUUGGAUUUGGCCCCCGCGGUUGCCGGUGCUCGGACUUUGGUGAUGGACAAGUGCACCGCGCAAGUGAAUGCGUUUCGUAAUGCGUACCCCAAUGCGAACAUUGUUUUCUGCCGGGUACACAUUAUGCGUGACAUGCGGCGGCGUUGCUCACACCUUCCGUUGUGUAACGCGGAAGAUAAGAGAGCUCUAUUCAACAUGCUGCGGUCGUUGUUGUACACGUACGACUGCGCGCAUUACCAUCGGAUUAUGGAAGCGAUAUCCCUGCGGAGCGCAGAAUGCUUCCAAUACCUCCGUCGUACAUGGAUCCCAUGGCGGCUUAGCUGGGCGGCGCAUUUGAUGGGCCAUGUAGUUUUAUUUGGAUGCGACAGCACGAAUCGCAUUGAAAAUGAGAAUAAGCAUCUGAAACAAACUUUGAGUGAGCGGUCAACGCUACUUCACCUGUUUCAGGUGAUAGUGCAGCGUGCCAGUAGCAUGAUUGAGGAGAGGGAAACACUGCUUGCCAGAGAUCAACUUGGUGUAUGCGAGGUUCAGCACGGUGUCAGCAUUGGGGACGUGAUUUUGCGCAGGCUCUCGUCCUACGCCCGGCGGCAGUACGCGCGGCACAGUGUUCGCGUUCGUAUUCGCAGCGUAAACCAAGGCGGUGGUUGUUGGCUGGUGGACGACGAGCGCAUUGGGAUGCAACGUGUCGUUAUCGGAAAUGGCAGCGCUUGCGGAUGCAGAUUUAAUCGGCAGUGGCGCAUUCCAUGUGCGCACAUUAUUCACGUGGCAAGCCUGCACGCGUACCAGGAGGAGGAUGUGCUUGGUGGUUGCCGUUGGGUAUUGCCAGCGAUAAGUACAUCUGCGCCGGUGCUUUCGGAGGAUAGGGAAGGGACGUUGACGGUGGCGCCGGUGAGAUGCCCGAGUGAUGUAGUUCUUGACCGGGCGGCGAAAAUUCGCAUCACUCGGGAUAUGUUUGCUGCUCUGGAAACGCAGAUCCUGAGCAUGGGCACCGAGGAGUUUCAGCGCACCAUGGGCGUGUUUGCAUGCGUGCGGGAGCUGCUCGCAAGUCACAGUGAUGUGCAGCUUUACGCGCGAUCAUCGCAGUUGGAACAACUGCAACGGUUAUCCUCGGAAAACCUGCCUACCUUCCAAGGAAUGCAGCCGUCAUCCUCCGGUGCAGCUACCCACGUGACGGCAGGCAAUGGUACGCGUACCAGCAGGAAUUCACCGGAGAGGGACGUCAGCGAAGGGAUCACAUUGGUGUCCCCGGUGGCUGGUGUUUCCCAGUCUCCUUGCAACGACCGCAGGCGUCGCAGACGGAAGUCGCCUUUGUUAACGCGUGCGGUGGAGGUGGUGGAAGGCAGCAUGACAUCACGGGAGUUGACAUUUCUGACCCUUAAAAGAAGGACAUCAGCGCGCCACCGCACAUACACAUGGCGUACAAAGAGAGGCACUGCUGCCAAAGAAGCGGACAGCGCGGUUUGCGCUUUGUGUGAGGAGGAAGAGGACGCGUGCGGGAGCUCGGAGAUUGUCGAUUGGAUAAGUUGCGAUGUUUGCUUCAGGUGGUUUCAUCAAACCUGCGCUGCAUACCAUGGGGAGGCGGCAUACACAUGUGCGCGUUGUUGCGGGGAUACACAGGAACAAUAUGUGAAUACUGCAUAAAGAACCUCUGGAAAUGGAAAACCCUUCCAAUCG